GCCUCCUGCAUAUGUGCUGCAUGUUUAAAGGAUUGUUGGUGCCCAAACGAGCUGCAGGGGGCAUCAUCGCACUUGCUCGCGGAGAUCCCCCACCUCUCUCUUAACACACACACACACACACACACACAGCGCUCCAGCCAGACUCCCAGGCCAAGUAGCGUCGCCAUACGGAACAUCCUGCCCUCAACGGAGAGGGGGAGGAGAGAGAGAGAGAGCCCGAGUGUGUGUGCGCAGAGAGAGGGGGAUAGAGAGAGGCUGCGUGUGCAUUGAGAAAGAGAGAGAGAGAGAGACGAGGUCUGGCGUCUCCCGGUAGUAAAUCUAUCAGGUCUUGAGAAGAAAAACUCGGACAAACAGACGGGGAAGAGAGAGAAGACUCCUCGAGGUAAUCCCGUCGUUUACUGGUGUCCUGGACCAGCAGAAGCAGAAGCAACAGCAGCGCGUGAAGGAUUAAAACGCCCGACUGGAAGCACUGGAUGGUCGCGCGGACGGGCGGCGCGCUCUGAAGUUGGACAGACUACCAAGACACCGACAGCAAGCAGCAGCAGCGUCUUUUGUCCCCCCAACCUCCCCGAACCCCGUGAAGGCAGCGGCGGCACCGGGAGACUGUGCCCGCGCACCCCGACCAUGAAGCUGCCUUGGCUAUUGGCGCUCGCGGCGCUGCUUGCUCACGCCGCCACGGGACAGACUUGGUCGCCGUCUAUCGAUGAUGACGGCUCGACGAGAGAUGAGUUCUACGAUGAUGAGGACCUCUACUCGGGCUCGGGCUCUGGCUUUCCUGAUAUCAGUAUGAGGCCAACAUCGGUGGGUGUGUCCUUCACCACGGAAGAGCCCCUCCUCCUUUCCACCACCCAGGCCACCGGGCCCGCCCCUUCCGCCUCACCUGCAGCUGAGCCGAGCCCCAACCCAGAGGAAACUACCACCACCCUGCUGACCACCGAGGCCGAUGGCGAGAGCGGUGUGUUCUCGGUAGGAGAGAGAGAGGAGAAUGAGAUGGAGGUAGAGAGAGAGAGAGAGAAAGAGCAAGAGAGGGAGAAAGAGAGGGAAAGAGAGAGGGAGCGGGUCCGGGAAAUGGAGAGGGAGAAGGAGAGGGAGAGAGAGCGCGAGCGAGAGAGGGAGCGUGAGCGAGAGCGUGAGAAAGAGAGAGAGAGGCAGAGAGAGCGUGAGCUUGAAAGAGAGAGAGAGCUGGAGCGAAUCAGGGCCGCCGCCCAGACCACAGCCGCCCCACGAUCCCCUGCUGCAGUCCCCGUGGUGACCACCAAUCCGGCAAUCAGCCCUGUGGAAAGUGCAGCGCCCUCUGCCGGCUUGGACGACCUGAGCACCACAGAAGAAGAAGAGGACUUCAACAUGUCACCCGAACCUACAUCGUUUUACAUAGGCUUCGACAUGGAAACCACCACAGAGGAAGACAUGCCCACCACAGCUGAGACCACCCCUGAGCCCACCACAGCUGCACCUACCACCACCACGAUCACCACCACUGUCAAGACCAGGUUCCCCUUCAGGCCCAGGGUUCCAAGUACGACAGCCACUCAGGCAGUGCCAACAGAGAAAACAACCCGCCCACAGCAGCCCACAACUACACAGGAUGGUAACAAUGAUGUGGGUGCUGCAGGACCAAGUGGAGAUUUCGAGAUCCGAGAUGAUCGCCGUAAUGAUCUUGGUCAAGGUGUAAUGCCAGUGGAUCCUGAUCUGAUCGGCAACACGGUGGACGGAGGAAGCUCUGCCGCCCAGCUGCCACAGAAGAACAUCCUGGAGAGAAAAGAGGUCUUGAUAGCGGUGAUAGUGGGAGGAGUGGUGGGCGCCUUGUUUGCUGCCUUCCUGGUUAUGUUGCUGGUGUACAGGAUGAAGAAGAAGGACGAGGGAAGCUACACACUGGAGGAACCUAAACAAGCCACCGUCACCUACCAGAAACCAGACAAGCAGGAGGAGUUUUACGCAUAACACUCGUAUGCCAGAGAGACGCACCGCAAACCGAGGGAGAGAGAAAGAGUGAGAGAGAGAGAAGAGAGAAAGAUACUCUAAGCCCCUUCCUCCUGCUCCUCUUCUUCUUCGUCGCUUCCCCCUCAUCUGCUCGCCUCUCCUCAUCCCUCUCUCCUCUCGUCUCCAAAACACCUGAGAGCGCCUUUCUCUCUGCAGACUUGGAACUUUCUUUUCAAUGAAAACAAAAAAAGAGGACAAAAAAAAGAAAGAAAAAAAUCUAAAUAUAUUCUGAAAAAAUAACACAUAAACACGAGAUGUUUUUAAAAGUAAAUGUUGUUAUCGAUAUUCUGCAGAUUCUCUUGUUCUGUAUGUAAUGAUAUGAUUAUUUUGUAAAAAAAAAAAAUAACAACGGCAAAAAAACAAACAAAACACAAGCUCUUAACCUGUGUUUUCCAGCACAAAAAAAAGUUCCUCCUCUGUUUUUAUGGAGUAAAUGGAAAGGCUAAAAAGAAAGAGGAGAGGGGCGGUGCGAGCUGAGCGAGACACAAAAGAAAAAGAGAGUGGUGGGCUCAACCCUAACCCCCCCAAAAAACAGACAGAGCGUCUGGUUGGCCGCACAGAGCCCAGGGUCAAAGGUGAGAGGAAAGGUCUCUUUUGUGCCUUCCAUCCCUGUGGUGCUCAAGGACGUAAACGCACAUCCAUACAGCCACAUAAACAUACACAUGUACAUGCAUACACACACACACUGGUGUCAGCUUGAAGGUGGCUCUGACCUCUCUCUCUGUGCUUGGCCAACCAGAAAACAGUGCUCGACCCUCGAUGUGUUUCACAACGUCCGGGAGCCGCUGUGGAAACAGUGUCUGGUCAUAUAGACAUUUGCUCACGCCGAGCCGGCGACCCAUCUGCUCCUCUUAGCUGUACAAAGACUAGUUAUGGAUAGUAAUAAUAACCAAUAAUAUAUCAAUGUUUUGGGGCUGGGUGGUGAAAAAUAAUAAUACCGAAAUAAUAAUAAUAAUAACAAUAAUGAUACUUAAACAGGAGGAUGUGUAUUUAGCAGUUUUAAAAAAGGUUUAUAUGUAAAUAUCAACGUAUCCUUUCUGGCAUCACUAUCCAUCUGCAUGAUCAUGAAGAGUUUUUAUUCAUCACAUCAGUCAUCACUUAGAUGAACUGUGCUCUCGUCAGCCACUUACACACACACACACACACACACACAAACAAACACAGAAGUGCAGACAUAAAAUUGCUGUGCAUCUGAAUACACCACACAGACUUGAAAUAUUCUGUAAAUCAUAUCAUUCAAAUGCAUAUCAAACCCCUCAUCAUCAUCAUCACCAUCAUUGUGAUAGUCAUCACUUGUGAUACAAGCGAGAUCAGGUGGUUUCAAUAUGUUAUUGAUUAGUUAUGGAUCAUUUGCCGGUUGGUUUAGAGUUUGGUCUGUUUGUGUAAAAGCACAACUACGUGUCAUGUCAUCACGUCAUCUGAUACUCCCCCCACACACACCUUUUGCAUGACUCACUUUCUUUUUCUUCCACCAUUGGCUCUCUGUUUGGGGAUGGGCAGGGCCUCUGGGAAGUGAGAGGGGCUAUAAUGAAAAACAGGAAGCGUGAAUCUGCGCAGGAAGUUGCACCCACAAGCAUUAAUUUGGUCAAAAUCACGACUUGUCAUUGAAGCUAAGGUUAUGAGAAGAGAGAGACUGAAUUGGUGUUCAUGGGGUCAACUUUGCCUGCUGUUGGACUCUUUUUUGGGGGGGGGGGGGACAACAGGGAAACGGGGUUAGGAUUUGGUUUGCGAAGGGGAAUGUGAGGAGACAGGAGUGCUUCUAUCUAGGAGAUUGUAACAAUAACCACACCAGUGCGACUGGGCUAGUAGCUUCUAUUAUACUCAGUACUGUAGAACAAAAAUGCAUGGGAGUCAAAACUAUACUAGUCUCGGUGUGUGUGUGUGGAUGCCUGUGUGUGUGUUUCUGUGCGUUUGAAAGAAAAAGAGGGGUGAGUUAAAGUUGGAAUGUACUAUGGUUGAGUGUGUGUUUACCUACUCCAGCAGUUCUCACGCUCUUCCACAGACAGGUAACACACCUCUUCCACUCCUGUGUGCGUACGUCACCUGCCCCCUCACCAGUAUGAGAAUAUGUGUGUGUGUGUGUGUAUGUGUGUCUACACUUCAUCUAAACCCGCCACCUGUACGUGUGUCUGUGUGUGUGUGCGCGCGCUUCACCUUGGUAUUUCACAGCAGACUUGUGUACACUGACUAGCCUGUCGACGUGUGUGUGUCUGCGUGUGUUUAGUCUGUUCACUGCUGAACGAGGGACAGCUGGUCCCUCACAGUGGCUUUCACACUCUAACUGUCUUUUCACUGUCUGUCUGUCUGCCUGUCUGUCUCUCUGCCGCAGGGCAGACGGGCAGAUAACACGCCACUUUCUCACAGGCAGGAAUGAUCUUAACACGUACUGUCUUUUCUAAAGUGACUGUCAAAGUGUAAACGUGUGUUUGUACCCAUCUAAGCCUGCGUAGCCAAAUAAGACGUGUGGGUGUGAGAGAGAGGGUGAAUUUGUACGUGUGUGAGUGUAGGUAUGCGUGUGUGUGUGUGUGUGAAGCCCAAUGGAGGCUACACGACUCUAUGUUUGCUGUUCCCAUUCCUGUUUUUAUACAUUUGCAUUUUUUUAAGGCUGAGUUUCUGUCAUUGGCUGAGUGAGCGAGAGGAGGCGGAUCCUCUACGCCACCGCCCUGUCACUAAUUUGCCACUCUGUUCCAAAUAAAAAACCUGAUUGGGUAAA